CCUUCCUUAAGCAACUUUCUCUGAAAAUUAGUUGGCAACACUGGCAACAUUCAUAAAAUGCGUUAAUGCUGCGCAUGUCUGAAAUAGAUCGCCACUCCAUUAAGCUUAAAACAAACAGAAUGCAUGAUUGUAAGCCUAAAUGAGAUGGCCGCGCCAUAAACUGUAUUAAACAGCACACGAACAGCAUGGAGCAAAUCAGAGUCUCCCUUCUUUCUGAGGUUAAGAAGAAGAACAACGAGCAAACUGUGAGAAGAUUAAUGGACCUUUCAUUUGCAUUGAGAAGACAAGAGGUUGUCAAAGAAUCUCCACUUAUUGCUGACUUUAUGAGCAGAUGGCCGGCCUUGUUCCAAGAAAAUGAGGUUUGUGCUGAAUUUGCACGGGUAACAACUGUUGCCUUAAUUUCAAAAUUCUUCUCAAAGCUGGAUGAACACACUCCAAGUCUUCUGAGGAUCUUUGCCAAGAGAGGUGGAGCUCAGGGACAAAGGAUAAGGAAACUUCUUGUUCCACUUACACAGUGUGCCUGCAUUAAUGUUAAGAGGGAGUGUGUCCUCAAAGCCCUGUUUGUCUACCUAAAUGAGGAUCCUGACAAUCUCAUCAAGGAGUACAUGGAUGUAGAUUUUUCCAACGGGGAAGCUGCACUCAAAGAAAUGGUGAUGGGCGUUUUUGUCAUCAGAUGUGAAGGAUGUGAAGUUGGUGAUGAACCUGCAGUUGUUGGAGUAGUUGAAGGAGUUACAGCACUAGAAGGGCUUGGUAAUGUAGCUAAUGGUGUUGCAUUGCUGGUUGGGCUUAUUUAUGCCCUAAAUCUUAGUUAUCCGAAGGAGUUUUGAUACACCUUUGAAAGUGUUCCUGGAGCUUGAUGGACACAAACUCUCCACCAAAGUUCAAGCCCUCAAGACCAAGCUUUUUACACCUCAUCAAAGGACUGAUAAACAGACUAAUCUUUACCUUGAAACUAUGUUUUUUGUGUCAAAUAGUCAAAACAUGUUCAUGUUCACACAUUUUUAAUGCCUUUAUUGAUUUGAUUUUUUGAUUUUUGAUUUUUUUUGUACAUCAAGGCAUAUGUGAAGAGGAAUAGUUUCCUUAAAAAUUACAUUUGUCCUUAACUCACCCAAAGAAGGUCAAGGAAAACCAUGAAGGGUUUCAAUGACUCAUGGGUUAGUUAAUGGUGACUAUUUUAAUUGUUUUUUUUGUCAAACUUGUCCUUUUAAACACUUUUUUCAAUGACGGUUUUAAUGGCUUCUGACUGUUCUUCAAGGAAAGAGGUUUGAAUGACAAUGUAUUUUAAAUAGUUUUCAAAGAUGUUCCACAUGGCACACAUUGUGUUUGCUUUUCCUUUACAAAAAUUAUCCAGGCACAUUUUGGAAUUAGAAUACAUUUACAGACAGCUUGAUGGACACAGGCAGUUUGAUAAAGUUUUGCACUUCAGUGGAGGCCUGAUGAACAAACAUAACCCAAACAUAAUAUUAUUUUUUUCUUUGGAAUUGCAGGUUGCUUUCUUUUUGUGAAAUGCAUUAAAAGUAAACACACUUUGCUAUUUAAAAAAAAAAAAAUUUAUUAAUGGGUUGUACAUGUAGGACUGUAAACCUGUUUGUUUCAUUUUGCAUUGUAAAGGAAAACAUUUCUGUACACAUUUGUUUUAUAUAAAUUGUUAAAUUCAGGCUUAAUGUGUUAAGUGUUUGAAAUGUUUUUG